UAUGUACACUAACACAUAAUAAACACUCUCAUUCAUUUCUAUACUACUUACAUUCUUCAUUUUUAUCUCUCUUAUAUUCUCUCUCUCUCCUCUCCUCAUUUUGAAAAUUGAGGAAUUAAAACUUCUAAUAAAUAAUUAAAGAGGAAGAGAAAAGAGAAAAAUAAUAAUGGGAAGAAAUGAGUUAUUGCCAUUUUUUGCAAUGGUUAUAGUACAAAUAGGGUAUGCUGGGAUGAAUAUUAGCUCUAAGGUGGCAAUGGAAUCUGGCAUGGCCCCUCUUGUCCUUGUUGCUUACCGUCAACUUUUUGCCACUAUUGUUCUCGUCCCUUUCGCUUAUUUCUCUGAAAGAGAAAAAAGACCCAAGAUUACCAAGCAAAUUCUCUUUCAGGUCUUUUUGUGUUCUCUUUUUGGGGCAACCUUGAAUCAAAUAUGUUAUUUCAUUGGACUCAAGGAGACCACAGCAACAAUUGCUUGCGCUUUGAAUAAUAUUCUCCCAGCAAUGACCUUCCUUCUUGCCGUUCCUUUUGGCUUAGAAGCAGUUGGAAUAAGAAAGAGAGGAGGGCAAGCAAAAAUAGUAGGGACAUUAGUAUGUGUUGGUGGAGCUAUGCUACUCUCAUUUUAUCAUGGGCAUCUUAUUUACAUACGUCAACCUGAUAUUCACUGGCAUUAUGAUGGUGACGAUUCUAUGAAUAAUAGAAACAAUGGGUCAAAUAGUCACCUUAAUCUCUUCUUGGGACCUCUUCUUCUCCUUGCAAGCAACCUUGCCAUGGCUAUUUGGUUUAUUCUCCAAGCGAAAAUGAGCAAGAAUUUUGCAGCACCUUACACAAGUUCGGCUUUAAUGUGCCUCAUGGCUACGAUCCAGUGCACCGUUAUUGCAGCCUGCACGAACCACAAAAUCUCUGAUUGGUCCUUGAAAUCUCAUAUUCGAAUGGUAUCAAGUAUUUACGCGGGUAUUGUGGGAUCUGCAGUUGCAGUUUGCUUAAUGUCAUGGACAAUACAAAAGAAAGGUCCUUUGUAUGUUUCUGUCUUCAAUCCCUUGUUGUUGGUGAUUGUGGCUUUACUUAGUUGGGCCUUGCGCAUGGAGAAACUCUAUAUUGGAACGGCUAUAGGAUCAUUGUUCAUUGUGUUGGGGCUAUAUGCAGUUCUAUGGGGAAAGAACAAGGAGAUGCUCGAUGAUGGCAAUCAAAUAGGCCUAAAUGGCACACAUAUUGAGGAAGGAAAAUACAAUGAUUCAGAAAAGGAAGAUUUAGAAAAGCAACAACAAUUGGUGGAUCUGAAGAUCAACAACUAUUUUGAUAAUUUGGGAUCGAAGUGAUGAAAGAGUUUUUGAGAGAUUGACGCGCAUCAAUGAAUGUGUAGGAUUACAUGAAUUAUUUAAUUUUAUAUUCAAACUAGUUUUCUUUCUCAAACAAGGUUAUUAUGGGCAUGUCGAGCCGCCCCACAACAUGUCAAAGUUAUGUCCACUUCCAAAUUUUCGUAAAAAUUAAUAUUAUUUAUAUAAAAUCUUUAAGUAAAUCAAAGAAAAAUUGUAUUUAAUAUGUGUUAAAAGUUAUUACACAUUUUUAUGUGUAAACAUGCUUCUUUGUGGUAUA